ACUGCCUCAAAUCAAACACCAUCUCUCUCCCUCUCAAACAAACAAACAAAUUCAGUCUGUUUGUUUUGAUCCGUCAGAAAUGGUUAUAAAUCCCACUAGAGUGGAACAUUUCUCAGACCCUUCAUCAUGCCACCACUUGACACUAGUCACAGUUGCAGGAGAUUCAAUGCCAAUGCCAGUGGCACCAUCUGAAGUCCACAGAGUUUGCUUGCCGCCCCAAAGAACCACUCUGCAGAAACUAAGGCAAAGACUGGCAGAGAUCUUCUUCCCGGAUGAUCCACUCCACACCUUCAAGAACCAAACUUGUUUCAGGAAGUUUCUUCUGGCUCUUCACUUCUUCUUCCCGAUCUUUCAGUGGGGUCCCGGUUACCGCCUCAGGCUUCUCCGCUCCGAUAUCAUCUCUGGCCUCACCAUCGCCAGCCUUGCCAUCCCCCAGGGAAUCAGUUAUGCCAAGCUUGCCAAUUUGCCCCCGAUUAUCGGGCUUUAUUCAAGCUUCGUGCCGCCUUUGAUAUAUUCCUUCCUUGGGAGUUCCAGACACCUUGCAGUUGGUCCAGUCUCCAUAGCAUCUUUGGUUAUGGGCACCAUGCUAACUGAAACUGUCCCUUAUUCACAAGAUCCAGUCCUCUAUCUUCAAUUGGCAUUCACUGCCACUUUCUUUGCCGGUGUUUUUCAAGCUUCUUUGGGCCUAUUAAGGUUGGGUUUUGUUAUCGAUUUCCUGUCCAAGGCCACUCUCGUCGGCUUCACUGCCGGCGCAGCAGUCAUAGUAUCUCUGCAGCAGCUGAAAGGGCUGCUUGGGAUUGUUCACUUCACAAGCAAGAUGCAAAUAGUCCCUGUUUUGUCCUCUGUUUUCAGUCACAGAAAUGAGUGGUCUGUGCAAACUAUUGUAUUGGGAAUCACUUUUCUAGUCUUCCUAUUGAUUACCAGGAAAAUUAGCAUGAAGAAACCUAAGCUUUUUUGGAUCUCAGCAGCGGCACCGUUAACUUCAGUUAUUCUCUCAACCCUUAUUGUCUUCCUCCUCAGAUCCAAGUUGCAUGGCAUUUCAACCAUUGGGCACUUACCAAAGGGCCUGAAUCCACCUUCGUCGAACAUGCUAUAUUUUCACGGGCCCUAUUUAGGGGUUGCAAUAAAAACCGGCCUUAUAACUGGAAUACUCUCUCUCACGGAAGGAAUUGCUGUGGGAAGGACAUUUGCUGCUCUAGAGAACUAUCAAGUAGAUGGAAACAAAGAAAUGAUGGCCAUUGGCCUUAUGAACAUGGCUGGUUCUUGCUCUUCAUGCUAUGUCACUACAGGAUCAUUUUCUCGAUCUGCUGUGAACUACAACGCCGGGGCAAAAACCGUGGUUUCAAAUGUGUUCAUGGCAGCAGCCGUGCUUGUGACCCUGAUGUUCCUCAUGCCAUUGUUCUAUUACACUCCCAAUUUCAUUUUGGCGGCGAUCAUCCUCACCGCUGUGGCCGGGCUAAUCGACUAUGAGGCUGCACUCCGUCUCUGGAAAGUCGACAAGCUCGACUUCUUGGCAUGCCUGUGCUCCUUUCUAGGUGUCCUCUUCAUUUCAGUGCCCUUAGGCCUGGCAAUCGCUGUUGGAGUUUCAGUGUUCAAGAUUCUGCUUCAUGUUACAAGGCCAAACACUGUGGUUUUGGGAAACAUUCCCGGAACACAGAUAUAUCAAAACGUUAACAGAUACAGAGAAGCUUCAAGAGUUCCCUCUUUUAUCAUCCUUGCUGUUGAGUCUCCCAUCUUCUUUGCAAAUUCGACUUACCUACAAGAAAGAAUACUGAGAUGGGUUCGGGAGGAGGAAGAGCGUGUAGGAUCGAGGAAUGAAAGCGCGCUGAAAUGCAUAAUCUUGGACAUGACUGCUGUGACUGCCAUAGAUACAAGUGGAAUCGACACAAUUCGCGAACUUAGGAAUAUGUUGGAGAAACGAUCACUUCAGUUUGUGCUGGCAAAUCCUGUUGGAAAUGUGAUGGAAAAGCUGCAUCAGUCCAACACCUUGGAGUCGUUUGGGGUAAAGGGUGUCUACCUCACAGUAGACGAAGCUGUGGCUGACUUAUCAUCUCUGUGGAAGGCUCAACCAUGAAGUUUCAAUGGAAAGAAAUGAAGCUGGAAGGCAUCAAUCACCUCUUCCAUUAAUUCCCCAGUGGGGUUGAGUUGGAUCAUCAGGAUGUUUCUUUUCUUGUUCCUCCCGUUUAAACAACUUCAGUUUUGUUUUUCAGAUCUUAAUUAUGCUCUUCUAAGAAGAGAUUUUGAAAUGCAGUGCACAUGAAUAACUUAUGACCUCCUAAUCCACCUUUACUAAGUGAUUUGUUC